AUGGUGGGGUCAAACUCUAAAACCUUUGGGAAUAAUCCUUUUGCACCGUUGUAUGGAUCACACAAUGAGGCAGAUAGACCAAAAGAUAACGAACCUACCGAUCAAACUGGAAAUAUGGGCUUCUCUAGGCCCAAGAGAUUUGAAGUGGGAAGCAAUCGAGAGAACAAAUUGAAACAAAGACAAAAACGGAAAAAUGAAGAAGCCAGAGAUGAAAUAGGCAUCUCAGAGGAAAUAAUUCUGGAGAAAAACUCAAAAGACACUGUCAUGGAACAAAGAAUUGUGAGCACUGAGGAAAAUGAUCAAUUUGAGGGUGAUCAUAAGGUAGCAGGCUUCCAUACGGUGGUUAAUUUACCUCAUCCUGGAUGA